ACACAACUAGCUUAAAUGUCGCCAAUGGUGCUAUCGUAUCGGAUCAUUUUCUAUAGAGCAACUGGUUAGGAAGUUGUCAAUGAGGGCGGUCACGUGUGGCGGUCACGUGUGUUUGCGAUUAGACCACCACUGGUUUGAGCCCAGUAAGGGGACGCAGGGACAGUGGAGGAAGCAAAGCUGUUAGCGGCACACUGAUUUAGCUUUCACUAACAGAGAUGGCGAUUAACACCUUCACUGCUGUCCAAUAUCAUCUGGAAAUUGAAGGGACACUAUAGGCAUCUGAGUCACAGACCAGGAGCUAGCCAUUACAAUUCAUCCACUCACCUGUCAACAGAUACAAAUACAGAAUUUUAAAGAUACAACAUUUUACUUAGAUAUUUUAUUCACAACAAUGAUACAAAGGCUCUGACACUUCUUAAUGUAGCCUACAUAUCACCUCCACUUUGAUUAAAGCGGUCACAAUUUUACAUAUAUUUCUGUUUUACGUAACUUUACUGCAAUGUGUACAGUUUUAUUUUAGCUGUUGCUAUAGCUCUGUGCACCCCUUAGCUGACAAUGGGUAUCAGUUGCACGACAGCUGUGGUACUGGCGUUAGUAUAAUGGAUGUCACGCUUCUUGCUUAGCGAGUACCACUUCCUCCUGAUUCGGCUCACACAGAGGCUCAAACCCAGGACCUCUUGUUUUCUAGCACAUGUGACCGCCCUCCCGACGCGUCUUACCAGUCACGCCACACAAAAAGCUAGCUAUAUGGUGGCACAAAGUGGGGAGACUCCAGGGUGAGGAGUAAGUUUUACAUAUCUCCAAGUGCUACAUUAGAAGCUGUCUCGAAACAGCAACCAUGGUCACCCUCAUCUCAGUAGCUCUUUGUGUGUGCAGUUGCAUCAUAACUUUCUAGAUAAUUUCCAUGUAAACCUUCUGAAGACACAGCCAAAGAAAACCACAAAAUAUUUCAAAAAUCUUUUAGCACUUUGUCAUUGUCACUCCUCAUUCCUCUAGUUCCAUUCACAUUAAUGAAAGAUUUCCAUGGAAGUUGGCAUCACUCAACACUGCAGCCGUGGGAUAGUGAACCAAUCAAAAGUGGAUUGAAGAGUAGCCUUUUCCCCGUAACCCAAUCAGCAUUGUGUAUGCAUGAGCCACUCCUACACCCUGCCCUUACAUGGCACGGAGGACUGGCCAAGGUCUUACAGAUGGAUGUAAAGGCUGCUAGUUCAGAGACAACAGAGCCACAAUACCAAGACCACUACAACUAUUACUACUACCACUACAGAACCACAAUUACCAAGAGUACUACUACAGAACCAGGAGGGGAACAGCUUCCGACUUGACUCAGACUCCUGUCUCUCAAUCAGAAGCUACCAUCCUUCCCAACCCUUUCAAGCACUACCUGGUUUUGACUUCUGUGUCGUGACCCCCUGCUUGCCAUCAUGUCGGAGAUGGAGAUCGUGGAGGACCGGGCCAAGCUGAAACAGGGCCUGGUGAAGGUGCUGCAGUGUGUGGCCACCAUCUCAUCUGCUGCGGCUGUGGUCAACCCCAUUUUUGGCCUGGCCGGCUCUCUAAUCCGAGUGGUGCUGCACCACGUGGAUGAUGAGGACAUCCAGACACUGAAGCGCGAGUUUGGCUCAGUCAACCGUGCCCUGGACCAGCUGUCCCAGCAGAACCGCGGCGCCCUGCUACAGAUCAAGAAGGAGACGCUGGACGGUCAGUACUGCCGUGUGGAGGAAAACCUGCGCAACCAGUUCCGCAAGUUCAUGGAGAUGGUGGAGGCACGGCCCGAGCACUGUGAGCGCAAGAAGGACGACUUCGAGGAGAGCUACUCCAACGACCUAGGCGACCAGAACCUGCACACACUCUACGAGGGUGUGGUGGGCAAGCCCAAGCUGUUCAGCCGGCCCAUCCUGGAGGUGUACCUGAAGCACUCGCAGGGCGACCGCCGCACCAUGGAGAACCUGUGCACGCGCCUCACAUACCUCUUCUGCAUCGGCCUGAUCGCCCUCAUGGGUUACGCCGCUGUCAUCGGAGACGACGAGGAGGGCAUCAGCGACGAGUGGACCAAGAAGAUGGAGCACGUGCAGGAGAGGAUGCAGGAGGCCCUCCAGAAAUGCAAGUGAAGAAGAGGAGGAGAAGGAGGUGUAGAGGCUGCUACUUAUCCUCCAUACGUAGGACUCUCUCCUCUCCACAUUCCCUCUAGGACCCCCCCAUCACUUUUCUCCUUACUCCAGGACAGCUGUGUAUACAACGUCUCUAUUUAUUCAACCAGUUAAUUGACUAUCAAUGUGGAUCAUAGGAGGUUGGUGGCACCUUAACUGGGGAGGACGGGCUCGUGGUAAUGACUGGAGCAGAAUUAGUGGAAUGGUAUCCAAUACAUCAAACACAGUCUCCAGGUGUUUGCCAUUCCAUAUGCUCAGUUCUGGCUAUUAUAAUGAGCCCUUCUCCCCUCAUCAGCCUCAUGUGAUGUGAAUUCAUUAUUCUUUAAUGAUCACAUGGCUAUUCACUGUUGGUAUCUAUGAGUUAGAGGUAAGUAAAUUGAAUGAAAACAGUUAGUUAUUUGCCUCAUCCACAGCAGUAGUCAAUGAACAGACCUAUAUAAUACGUGCAUGUUGAUAUGGAAACCUGCAUACACAGCGGUCUGACGAUCAACAUUUGGACUGGCUCUCAAUUAGAUUUAACUAUGCCAUUCCUAUCUUCUAAAGAGUAAGAUGGAGUGGUUUUAAUGUCUGACAAUAUUCAGCACUUUUGAAAAAUUUGUUCUCGCUGGUAUUUGCUGGUGAUUUAGAGGGAGACACAGAGAACAGGCUCAUUCUGUUGCAUGAAUGUAAGAUUCACCAUAAUGGGUAUCUAUUUGAACAGAUAUAUACUCCAUGCAAUUCUAAUAGUGCCACUGAUGCAACCUAGCACUUUCAGUAAAAAAAAAACAUUACCUAUACUGUGGACACUAUUAACAUAGCAUGCCAAUUGCCUAAAUACAAAAACAAUUGACUUUACAGUGGGUUAACUGGUAUUACUUUACUUAUUACUGUAGGUCCUUUGUAACUAUAUAUCUGCAGCUAAAUUAACUGUUAUUUAGCAUUUAAUUGGAAAUAGCAUUAAAAAAACGAUUGAUAAAUAAUGCACUGUAAAAUCUAACUUAACCAAAAUCUAACUUAAAACAAAUAUCCAAAGUUAUCUAAGAAUGUAUUUUUGGUGGGGAUCCUAUAGUUAACCCCCCUUUAAGUGCUUCCUCUCUUAUUGGUUCUCUUGUAUCUCGGAUAAAUUAAGUAUUAGCAAAAAUGUUUGUUUGUUUUUACCAAGGGUGCGUUCAUAAAUUCACUCUGGCCAUCUACUACGAUUUCAGAGCAGUCUGAGUGUGUCAGAGCGCAGAAUAACUGAUUAAUUUUCGAACACUCAACACCCGUUGAAUAUGACCGGUGUCAAUAAACAUCUGCAAAGAAAACGUAUUUAAAUUGUUGCCAGCAGCACAGUUAGUCACCAAAACUCUAGACAACACGAGUGAGGUGUUCUCUCAUUUGUGUCUUGAAGUAGCUAGCAAGCUAGCCAACUUUAGCCAGUUAGCUUAGGUGCUUGACUGCCGUUGUGAGGUCAGAACGCUCAGAUCAACCCUACUCCGCGGCCAGAGCGUCCAUUGUGCCCUCUAAACGCUCCAAGAGCGAAACGCUCUGAAUAUACAAACGGAUAAUCUGACAACACUCAAAAUAUAUGAAGGCCCAGAGCGCGCAAAUUACGAACACACCCUAAAUAAUUCAAUUUAUGGGGAAUUAUUUUUGCUCUGUGACCCCCUUUCUUUUCACUUAAUCUAUUAUAUUAUUUUCAUAUUUUGAAGCAAUUUACACCAAAAGUAAUGUAAGAGAUAAAAAAAAUACUCAAAUACAUUAUGGGGAUGUUUUGUAUAUGUUUUCGGGAUUUUAUAUAUCUUAAUUUUUCAUAGUAGUUUUUAUUUUGAUAAGAAUCCUCUCAUGACUGACCAACAGUGUCUCCUCUUACACUGUGGUCCAUGUUCCGUGUCCACUUACUGUGUCUUUGCCUAAGAAAGGGUUCGCAAAGUUAUGUUUUCUGUUCUUUACUUCAUUUGUUCUUGUGCUCUAAAGGACUGCAGUUUGAUUUGAUCUCUUCUGUGCUAUUAACCCCACUACUCAGAUUUCCAGUGUUACUGAUGCCAUGUCUAUACUCACAGAUCCAAGAGAGCUCUCCAUAUCUAUGUUUCAUAACCCUAUAUUCAAUGGAAUGGCUAUUCUGUGGUACCAGUCCCUGUCUUUCAUUUUGUUUCAACCGAGAUGUAUGGCUGUUAAAUAGUUAUAAUUCUGUAUUGUUAAAAUUAAUAGAUGGGAAUAUAUUUACCACUUUAGGGCUUUCUGAAAAUAUAUGCUCCUCAUCUAAACUUCAUAGCCUAUUUUUUGUUAUGUUGUUCUUUGUUGGCUGGUUGUACUAUGCAGCACUAUCAAUAAAGACUGAAUGUAAAAUAUCA